CCACAGUAUGGCAGCCGAGUAGGUGAAUCAUCGGAAGGGUAAUUUUGAUCCGUUCGGCUGUUUUUUUUAGUUAGGCCGGGGAACAAGUGAAUUAUUUAUCUGGAGGUUUAGUACUGGGGCACUGUGACUUGUGACCAUGUCGCGAUGUGCGGCAUGUUUCGGAUCUCGUGAUACUAUGUCUGCAUGAGUCCCAACAACAGAACCUCUAUACUUCCCGUUGUAUAGGAUUUAGGCUUAGUCGAGUGAAACCUGCGUGGCAGACGAUUUAUAUUCCAUCGUCUGCAUUCUGAAUAAGGUGCUGGCGUUGACAUGUGCGUUGGACAAGGUGCAGUUAAAACAGUAAAGAUCAUCUGAGCCAGCAUCAUGUCAUUUCUGUCAAAUUUCAAGAAAAUAUUUAACUUGGGUGGUGCGGGGGGAGGGGGGGACGCGAAGCGGAGAAAAGUUUGCAGCAACAUUCGCUUUGACGAAAAUCCGGAGGACUUCUGGGAAAUAAUAGGAGAACUCGGUGAUGGAGCCUUUGGAAAAGUGUACAAGGCUCGUCACAGAGAAACAAAGACCCUAGCGGCUGCCAAAAUCUGUGAGUUGAAAGGUGAAGAUGAUCUCGAGGACUUCACGAUCGAAAUCGACAUUCUGGUUGAAUGCAAGCAUCCCAACAUUGUGGACCUCAAGGAAGCCUUUUUUCAUGAGGGAAAGCUAUGGAUGCUGAUAGAAUUUUGCGAAGGAGGCGCCGUGGACACGAUCAUGCUGGACUUGGAAAAGCCACUGACGGAGACGCAGGUUCGCUUUGUCUGCCACGAAUUGUGCGAGGGUUUGCGUUUCCUCCACUCGCGAAAAGUUAUCCAUCGUGACCUGAAAGCCGGCAACAUCCUGCUUACGCUGGACGGCGACGUCAAAAUCGCCGACUUCGGAGUAUCUGCAAAGAACAAACACACUCUCCAGAAGAGAGAUUCAUUCAUUGGCACACCUUAUUGGAUGGCACCCGAAGUAGUCCUGUGCGAGACAUACCGUGACCAACCGUAUGACUACAAGGCGGACAUCUGGAGUCUUGGCAUCACGUUGAUCGAGCUGGCCCAGAUGGAGCCACCUAACAACGAGAUGAACCCCAUGCGAGUGUUGCUCAAGAUCCAGAAGUCUGACCCUCCCACCCUCGCACAGCCUUCAAAGUGGUCCAAGAACUUCAAGGACUUCCUUGCUCUGUGUCUCAUCAAGGAUCCACAUCAGCGGCCCUCAGCUGAGGAUCUUCUCAAGCAUCCGUUCAUAGCAACAGCCACAGACAAGAAGCCCCUGAAGGAUCUGAUCAGUGAAUACAAAGCAGAAGUUGUUGAAGAAGUUACAGAAGAACAAGAGGAUGACCUACAUGAUUAUCGAGCAUCGUUGAGCAUUGAAAAUGACACAGCAGCGGAGACAAUUUCGAACCUCAGCGAAACACUCGACGAGGCAAGUCCUGAGGCAAGAGUCGUCGAAGACAAAGGUCCAAGACAAGCACCGGAGCCACCAUCUCCACAAGACGAACCUGUGGCACUUCCCAUCAAAGAGGCAGUGCAGGAAGAAAAGGAGCCAGAGGUUAGUCCACAGACUCCAGGUGAAAGUCCGGCUGCAGCUGAAGAGACGGAGGUUCCUUCAACGGCAGAACCUUGCGACAAGGAUGAACCUCCUCCACCGUUACGACCACCGUCUCCGCUACCAUUUGAAGCAAGUUCAAUACCAUCAUUCCCGUCGUCGGAAUCUGAGGUCAUAUCACCUCCUCCACCAGAGGAGGAGGGGGAGAAACUUAAGUCAUCUACGCCAAUUCGUGGUGGUGAAGUCGUCGUGGUAUCCAGCUUGUCGAUAGCGGAGAACACGUCUCUAACAACUGAAACUGACUCUACUCCGGAGCAGAUGCGAAAAGAGAAACAGCCAGGUAGGUCAGUGGAACACGAGGUGACCUUUUCGUCGAAGCACACCAUCCUGGAGGUUGGAGAGCAAUCUCCUUGGCCCCAGGAACCACCCAAUCUGGUCGACAGGUCGCACGUGUCCGUAAUCAGCGUGGGAGAGACCGAAGUGGUGAAGGACUCGUCCCUUGUCGUGGCGACGCGGGACGACAGCUCACCCGCCGUCAUACUGAGGAAUGCUGCCACUCGGAGUCGGAGCGCGAGCGGGGGUGAGAAGCGCAACUCGUUUCCACGUGCCAACGAGCUCAGGAGGCAGCAGUUAACCAACGGCGGAUCUCACGAAGCAUUGGCACCGACCAUCGACGAUAGGCCCAAGGUGAAGGUUAAUCUAAAGCUUCAACAAGGUUCAUCAUCACCACCUCCAGUCGAGAAAGUGAGAAGGCGAAAAGAAGUGUCGGACACCGAGAGCGUCUCCACCCUGGACAGUGUGGGAAGCAGAGGUUCAGACAAGGAGAAUCGCAAAGAGACAGAAUGGGAAAACGGCACUUCUGUUAAGGAGAGGGACCGGGCUAGCAACGUCCCUGCGGUACGGAAAAAGGCAUUGGCCGCCCAGAACAACACAAAUCAGGUGCGACAAAAGACGCUGAAGCGGACACGGAAGUUUGUCAUUGACGGCGUGGUGAUGACGACCACCACCAGCAAGGUUAUUUACGGUGACCUGGAUGAGGAUAAACAAGCCAAAGACUACCAUUUUCUCAGAAAACAAGAACUGAGAGAACUCAAGAUGCUCCAGAAAAUGGAGAACAAGCAAUUCCAGGAUCUGGACAUGAAAGAAGAAUUUGCAAGAGAGCAGCAGCAGAAGAAGUUUGACCAGGAGUUGUCGACUUUAAUUCGAGACUACGAGAAUGACCUGGAAACGCUGAACCGCACUCAGAAGCAGCAGGUUGAAAAAGCGGAGCAACAACAGGAGCUGGACCUCAAGUAUGCAUCUCGACGCAUUCGCACAGAGCAGGAGCGAGAGCUUAAGACAUUCAGGGAAGGGCUGAAGAACGACACAAAGUUGCUGAAACAGGAGGUGGAGCUGAUGCCCAAAGACAAGCGAAAGGACAUCCUGCGCGUUCGCAAAGAGAAGAUGGACCUGGAGCAUGCCGAGAGGGAGAGGGCAUUCGUGGAAAAGCUCAAUGAACAACAUGAGCUCUCGAUGAAGCGACUGAGUGACAGCCAUCGAGAGAAGAUUGCCCUUCUUGAAAAGCAGUUCCUGCAGCAAAAACAACAGCUCCUGAGAGCACGUGAGGCCGCCCUGUGGGAGCUGGAGGAACGGCACCUCCACGAGAAGCACCAGCUGGCCCGCAAGCAACUCAAGGACGGCUUCUUCCUUCAACGGCACCAGAUGCUCAUCCGCCACGAGAAAGAACUGGAGCAGGUGAAACGGCUCAACUUUCGCCGGGAGGACGAGCUGCUCAAGCGGCAGGCCCUGGAGAAGCGACAGCUGCCCAAGCGGAUUCGUUCCGAGAUGAAGACCCGUGAGCUGAUGUUUAAGGAGAGCCUGCGCAUCAGCAUGCAUGCCCUGUCGCACGAAUCGCCCGACGAGGAAAAGGAACGCUUGCGCAAGUUCCAAGAAGCCGAGAAGAAGCGUUACAAGGCCGAACACCAGCGCCAGGAACUCAAGCACAAGAGACAGCUGGAAGAGCUGAAGGCCACGUCCGAAGCUACCAUCAAAGAAUUGGAACAGCUUCAGAACGAAAAGCGCAAAAUGCUGAUGGAGCACGAGACUCAGAAGUUGAGGCAGUUGGAUGAGGAGCACAACGCGGAGGUGCGGGAGUGGAAAGCCAACCUGAAACCUCGUAAGCAGAAACUGGAAGAAGACUUCCUGCGUCAGUGCGAAGAGCAGGAGCGCUUCUACGGCACGAGCACAAUGCUGAACGACUACGCCAACCUCGAACACGAAGCGGCGACUGAUGCGACGACGUUCCACUCAGGUUACUAACGGCGGUCAACAUUAGGAAAUGUCCUAGUGCUUGUGGAAAGAAAAAAAAAAAACUUGUUAGUGUCUGUAAGUACGUAGUGCGACUUAUACUUGGAACUUACUCUCGAAACUGAAUCUCCACGUCUCGGAGUGUGACAAACGGCAUGUUGCCAACUGAGCAUUGCGCGUGGGACUUGGAGAAAUGAUGGAGCCUAGGUCAUGUUGUACAGAUCAAAGCAGUCUUAAGUUGUACAGGUCGUGGCAGAUGCUGGAGUUCAACCACGGAGGAAUUUGCAGCAAUCGACAGUGUCUGCUUCCUUGAGUAACGUGGCAGCGCCUGUCAGUUCCUUCUUUUUCGCUGCCAGGUAACUGCUUUAUGCUGCAACGUAUCCCAUAGGUUGAAAGUGAGUGAAUCUUGGGUCUAAGCAGGUGUACAUACAUGAAAGGGGUUUGUUGUUUGACAGGUACUUGAAUGUAUAAGACCUCUCUAUAGUCUAAGGUGGUCGGACCACCAAAAAAACCUGAUUAUCAGUAGUUGAUGGUUUGGGGUUUCAACACAUUGGGACUGUAGGUUCGCUAUUCGCCUCUCCAACUGGCUGCUCGCCACCUAGCGGACCCCCAGCAGAAGCACUCAAUGAAUGAUAGUAACAGCAGACGACCGGUACGUUGCAUCGGCAAUAAUUGUUUUCUCUGCCAUGUUGAAGAAGACGCGAGUGCCUCUACAGGUAGUUGGAGAGGCGAAUAUAGAGGAUCUACUGUAAUACAAAAUUUUAAUGUCAGAAAUGUGUUAGUAUGACAACAAAGAUGCUGCUAUUGGUGAUUUUGUAACAGCCAUUACGAGUACAGUCAAAUUCCUUCACAACGAAACUCUGGAGGGGGGAGAGCGAAAAAAAUUCGCAGUAAAGGUAUUUUCGUUGAAAAGGUGUUCGCUAUAAAGGACUAUCUGUACAGCGUGGUGAGGUGAUGCCGCAUGACUAAAGCCCCUAGGCUUCUGCGACCUGAACUUUACAAAUCCGCGAGUGUCCACGAAUACAAGUGAAAUCCGCUGGAUAUUUCUGCAGAUUUGUAACUGAAUAACCGCGUUUGCACGAUGUUUGAAGCUUGAUAUGUGCUCGUCGAUCUACGAUAUUCGUCGAUGACAAACCACUUUCGUGCAUGUUCGGCAGAAGAGAACCCCUUCAUGUUCAUAGAACCCUGCGCACUUGUACGGCACGUACCUAUGUCUGCAAGAAACGUGUUGCGCGUACGGUUAGCUCACAGUUGUCAUGUGCCGCAUACUGUUGGAGUUGCUUCGGGAGCUUUGUGGUUUUGCAACAGUGGCGGAGCCAAGGGGGGGCGGUUGGGCGAUCGCCCCCCCCCCCCCCAAAUGUCAGUUUAUGCAUUGGAUUUCCCUCUCCCCCUCCCUCACUACGCGCUCCGACAAAAAAACCGCUCCCCCCCCUUCCAAACUGAGGGUCUGGAUCUGCCCCUGUUUUCCAAUGUUCCACAAUCUAGAUGCAAUCCUCUGUGCCACUUGCACAUGCGUUUCUUGCGGAUCUUGCAAGUACAGGCUUGUGACAUUUCGUUCCCGGUUUUCAGUUCUUUUUUCCUCUGUGUGGAGAAAGCUGCUCCAAAUAGCACAUCCAAAGUGAAAGCUAUAAAAAAAAAAGAAAGAAAAGAUAAGAGCAAUAUGUAUAUACUGCAGAAUUCCGCAAAAAACAACCUGUUCCGCGAAAAUCCUUAAGUACCGCAAAAUUCGCGGAAAGCUAGGGGGUUUACGCAUGACGUACCAUCGAAGAAGGAAAAUACGGCGUUUUGUACAUGGUGGAACAACUACUGUGAGCACGUUUUAUUUAGCAAAAAAUGGUCCGUCAUUCUAGCUUUCGAUCCUGAGACAACGCUGCGCAUGCUGGGGUUUCACUCCAGUCAGUUUAUGGUGUAGAGAUGAUGUUAUUCCUCUACAUUGGUUGGUGGUAUGUCCCGGAGGGCCAGAUGGUGUGUGCCAUGGCGCACGCUAGAAGUAGCGCAUCAGAUGCGGAGCGGUCGAUACCGCGAAGAGUAGAGUGAGGGUCGGGUGCACUGUGAGCUGGGCAGGAUCCGGUAAAAAUGGGAGUGAAGACACAAAUGGUAAAUGGGCAUUGCCUCCAGAGAACGGAGCGAGUCCUCGGGGAGCCCCCUUGUCUGCCAGUGGGUAGUUGGCUGUUGGGUUCCUUGACCGUUUGCGUAGGAAAUAGCAACAACAAUAAACGUAUUAGGUGGUAACACGGCCACUCCGUUUGCAUUGUGCAAGUACAGUGUAACAAAAAAAAAAAAGAAGUACUCCAAAAGCAGGGAGAAUACAUGCUUUAAAAACUUUCUUGUUGCAUCAAGCCGGAGUAAACCGGUUUUUACGGUAUACAGUAAACAAAAUGGGUGAUUACAUUUGAGUAGAUAUGGUACCUCUAGAAGGGGGACUUGAACCGGUGUCAGUUGCUUUCAGUUUCAAGGAAACUGGUGCGACGUCUGCCACGAAUGCUGUUCGAGCAAAAAUAUCAUUUCUUUUUCUCUGUUUCAAAUUUUACUUUUUCCUCGGUUCCUGCAGAAGGAUUUACAGACAGGGUAUGCGCAGAUAUAAUUUAAUUCCUUUCGCUUUGCGUCAGCUAGGACAGGUGACUAGCCAGACUUCUGCCAACUCAUUGGUCCCUCUGGGCUUCUCAUUUUUUUCCCCUACUAGUAUUUCUCGUUUCAACAUCUGCUGUCUGUAAGCAAUUUCUCGGGACGUAGACUGGAGCGCUGUCAAUAAACCACAACCCCCUCCCCACCAAAAAAAAAAAGAAAAAGCUUGGUUGGCGAGUUUUCCUGCGCUUCUUGCCACAGCAUCACAGUGUGCCUAUUUGUUUGCUGACUAUUUUCAUCCAAGAUAAGUGCAUAUACUUUUGUGACUUGAGAUGCUGUGUUGGCGGGGCUCAACGUAUAAUAGGGUUGUUAGCUGCCCGAAAGAACUGAAGACGUGCGUCUCACUUGGCACCAGUAUGUGCUGUGACGUAACAUAUACUGUGUUACACUUUUUUAUGAUGUACUACUCUCUCGAGGGUUUAGUCAGUGCUUGUACAUUUCAUUCACACUUGUUCAGGAAUACUGUAACGCAGGAAUGCCUAAGUUGAUUGUUGCAGAAGGGCAUGACGUUAGUUUACAUUAUUUCGGCCAAACAUAGUUUGUUCAACUUUUGGGCAUCCUGUGUUGGGGAUAUGCCCGCUACAAUAUACCCAGAGUAUUCGGAGUGGACUAUACUCUGAAUGUUUCAGUCAGAGCCAUGUUUUUUUUAGUGCGACCAUGACUCCAUUGACACAAUGCAAGACAAACCUUUGUUGGUGUGUGUGUGUGUGAAAUCAUGCUCAGAGCAGGACUGUUUGUACUUCGCAAUUUGUUGUUUGUAUAACUGUGGAUGGAACAUCGUGAGCCAACUGUAGCCUUAUUUUAAUUGUACAUACGGUUCAUUAUGCGCCUUCAGGAACCGCACUAUUUUUCAAAGACAGACUCGUUUUAGUACAGAGUGCUUCCCAUUUUUUCUCAGAGCAUAAUAAAAAGUGCCCACUCUUA